AUGAUCAAAUCGUUUGUUCUUGUCGCACUAGUGCUAGUCGCGUUUGGUGUGAACGUAAUAGCUUCAAACGAAACUAUGCGAAGCAUAACUCGUAGUUUUUUGAAAGUCUUAGAUGAUUGUAAGGAGGAGCUGAAUUUAGGAGACAAUGUCUUGCUGGAUCUGUAUCACUUUUGGAAGCAAGAUCAUGAUCUCGCUCACAGGGACACAGGUUGUGCGAUUGUCUGCAUGAGCAAGAAGUUAGACCUCCUCGACACUUCUGGAAAGCUUCAUCAUGGGAACGCUCAGGAGUUUGCCGUCAGACAUGGAGCUGGUGAUGAUAUGGCAUCAAAGUUGGUGACAACAGUUCACGAGUGUGAAAAGAAUCACGUUGUUGAAGAAGACGACUGUCUAAGAGCUCUGGAAGUUUCGAAGUGCUUCAAGACAGCCAUGCACGAUAUCAACUGGGCUCCUAAGAUGGACAUCGUCAUAACUGAAGUGUUGACUGAAGUAUAAUAAAGAACAGUUACAAUCGUGAAGAGAUGUUUAGUUAAUUAUUUAUAAUUUAAUAUCAUGCAAAUUUGCUAAACA